GAGAAUGACCCCGAGUGAGGCCGAGGAGGGAAGGAAGCCGCUUCCUUCGAUGAAAAGCCCCCCGGGAGAGUAUGAUGAUGUUGUAUUCCACCUUCAUCAUCCCGCACACCCACACCCGGCCUGUGAGCUGUGCCGCAGAAGAACAGCUGAAGUCAAACUGUCAACAUCCCGGGAAUCCCUCCAUGACGCUGCCCCCCACUCGGUGGCCCCUUUCACUUCCAGCGUGACCUCGCUCUCAGCAAGCCCUCCAGGACACCUGCCUCCAGCCCCUCCGCCUGACCCUUCUCCACCCCAGCCACUUGCCUUUCCCCGUCCCCGAUGUCACACUCCACGAGCAGAUCCUCUUCUCCAACCAGAGGACACUUUCUCUCGAAAAACCAUCCUGCUAUUCAACCCCAGCCUUUUCAGAGACAUCGGCCCCUUUCCCCAUUCAUCCCCGGCCAGAAAUGCCACCGAUGCCCCUGCCUAUCAUCAUGCACCGCCAGCCCCAUCUGCUUCACCACCACCACGCGGCACUUUGGCUCUGGCUCCAUUUCAACCUGCUCCCAACUUCCUGCACCUUGCAGCUGCCAGUCAGCAGGGCGCGGCAGUUUCCCUCCCUCGCUGGGGCAGGGAAGGCAAAGCAGGGGAGCUGCACAGGCAACAGCAGCCCCUGUAUUCUGAGACCUUGGAGGACGACCUAGGGCAAAGAUACCUCCAGCUCUUCCGGCACCUCCUAUCUCUGCAUGGUGAGUCCCUGCACUCUGUGGUCCUUGUCCCAGGCGGCUGUUUUUCCACAUUGGCCUUCUUCAGCAAAACCUCCAAUACAUUCCUACCCGAAGGAUCCCCAAAACUUAACCAUCCCCAACUUCUGUCCUUGUCUCAAACCCCAGUCUCAUUCCCUAACCCUCACCCAGGUCCGGCCUCAGCCCCACUUUCCAUCCCCACUCCCGAUCCUGUCACCUGGUCCUCUAUCCCUGAUUACCAUCUAUGGGGUGAGUUCACAUAAACCCCACAAUGAGGCCCGGUGUCUCAUGCCGUCUGACAUUCACCACGUGCAAUGGAACGUGCUGCAGAAAGAACAGCAAAUGGUGUGGGGUUUAUCCUCUGAGAUCAAGAAAUUUCAGGAAGACUUUUGUCCUUCAGUUCCCAGGCUAACAUGGCUCAGCCAGUCCUCCAAGGUCUGCGCUCCAAUCUCUGUCCUUCCUGAAGACUUUUCUCUCGGCAGCGAGCUUCAGAACACAAUCGGACUCCGCCGUCACCCGAGGCUCAUCCAACACCUGCCACUUCCGUGGGUCUCUCUCACUGCUAAGUCCUCGGAGAGAAACUUCUGAGACAUCUGCAUCCAAGUGCCAUCGUGCCCUCUCCUGCGUUUCUUUCUUUCAAGGUCACAGCAGCAAAAACGUAGAGAAUUUUGGACUGAGCCCCUUCCAAGAGACAUGCUCAGAAAUGCUUCCACAUGAGGAGGAGGCGAGGAAGGAUCAAGAACGAAGCCUGGAGCGUGGCCCCAAAGAGCAUCUGGGAACAACAAAGUCUAAAGGUGGGAUCCCCAGGCCCUCUACAAGAAGCUCUAAAGCCUUUCUGGGAGAAAAAAUCAGAAAAAUAAAAUUGGCUCCCAGCCUGCCUCAUCCCCUCCCUGUCUCAUCCCCUGCAGGAAAAGGAGGACAGGGAACCCCAAGACAACCAGCCUCUGCUACCAACGAUGAGCUGACUGAGGAUGGCAAACAGACUGGUCUGCAGCCCACUCACAGUAGCAUAGACGAGACAUUGGAGGAGUCCCCUGGGGCUCAUCUACCCCAAUCACGCCAGCGGAGGGACAGCCUCCUUCUCAACAUCGCUUGAGAAAGCGAAUGCUUCGACUAUGGCACUGGCUUCGUAAGCCCAGAAGAAAUCGCCAGGUGCAAAGGAAUUCUCUGGGGGAGGGCAGCUCCCUGUCGAGUCAGGACACUUCCUCCACUGCACUCCUCUUGGAGCCUGUGCACCCUCCAAGCACCCCCUGCAGGGCUCAGGUGGGCCAGGGUCCUCCGGCCACCCCUUCCAGUCCUCAGAACACUGGAAGGUUUAGGAGACUUUUCCCCUGCAUUUGCUGAGGGGGAAAAUCACCCCCCAAAAACAUC